AGUGACCUUGGCAGGGACAGGAUUUCCACGCUUUCAAACCCGGAGCUGUUUUCUGUUAAAGUCAUUGACAUUUCACCAUUACAAAAAAACACCUCUACCAACUCCAUGAGUAUAAGAGCUGGAAGUAGGCAACAUGGCACCACUUGAUGAUACAACACCCAAGACGCGGUUCCACAGUUUUCAUGUAUACAGGAUACCGUACAAGAAGAUUGGCGAGCAUGAGAUUGAAGCUGGGAUUUUGGUUCCGAAAGAUUUGAAAGCAGGGAAACAUCCCGCUAUGGUCAAGUUCCACGGUGGAGGUCUGAUCACAGGCGACUGUCUCUACCCCGACUGGAUUAGUGCCUUCUCCAUCCCCCUAAUCCAUCGCACAUCCUCCAUCGUUAUCCUGCCCAACUACCGCCUCCUCCCCGAACACACCGGGGCAGAGAUACUAUCCGACCUAUCCGACUUCUGGACCUGGUUUCACUCUGGCUCCGUUGAGAACUUCCUAAACAACCAACCCGCCACGCCCGCCGGUGGAUUCGCCCUAGACUACGACAAAGUACUCGUGUCAGGUGACUCAGCCGGCGGCUACAUGGCGCUUAUGAGUGGCCUUUUGCAGCCGAAAGGAAGUAUCAAGGCGAUUCUGGCACAGUACCCCAUGACGAAUUAUCUGCGGUAUGAACGCGGUCCGGAGUUUUUCGGUAUGCCAAGUCCACCGGAAUCCGUCUUCACAGAACACGUCAAGAAGAUGGUGCCAGACGCGGUUGUUUCGUCGGUUGUGCCGCCCGAGCGCAUGGGCCUGGGGUAUGCGAUGGCGGCGUAUGGGCAUUAUCUAAAGUGUUUCGGUGAGGACGAGAAGAUGUGGCCGAUUGGGUUGGUGGGGGAGAAGACGUGGGUGCCACCGACAUGGAUUCUGCAUGGUGGGGCGGAUACGGUAGUUGACGUUGGAGAUACGAAGAAGUUUGUGGAGAAGUGUGAGAGGUUGGAGGGGGUGGAAGUUAGGUUGACAGUUAGGGAAAGUAUGGAGCAUGGGUUUGAUGGCGAUGCGAAGGAGGACGAGGAGCCGUGGCUUAAAGAGGGGGUGGCGUGGGUUGAGGGGAAGUGGUUGAGUUGAUGAAGUCAGGGAGCAUAUAUGAGAAAGGAUGAGUAUCUCUGCUGUUCAUCCUAUGGUAGUGGAGCUGAUACGGCAUGCAAUAUCACACAUUAACGAUA